AUGGGCAUCCCAUCGUCUAAGGCAGUAUAUGUUGAGCCAUACCACUUGGCUGGUAUCCAAAAUGGACCCAGUCAAUCGAUAAAGGCAAGCGCCUUGGCAAACUAUUUGGCUCAGCAGCCUCUUAAUGAUUACCAGCCCAUGCAUCCGAAGUUUCCCGAUGAAGACAAUAUGGCCUUGUUCAAAGAAAAGUUAGAGGAUAAGGACAAGGAUAAGUGGGUCAUGUGGUUCGACGGCGCGUCCAACGCCCUAGGCCAUGGGGUUGUGGCGGCUUUGGCAUGCGCCCUCGGGAUCCAAGCAACAAUUGACUUCAACAUCAAGUUGCUCAAAGUGUACGGAGACUCAGCCUUGGUAAUUCACCAGUUGAGGGGAGAAUGGGAGACUAAGGGUCAUAAGCUAAUACCCUAUCUAACUUACAAAAAGUUGGCUGAGUUCUUCGAUGAUGUCUCUUUCCACCAUGUUCCCAUAGAGGAGAAUCAAAUGGCUGAUGUGCUUGCCACUCUAGCAUCCAUGUUCCAGCUGACUCUGCUCGGAGACUUGCCAUACAUCGAUUGUUGUUUGAUAGAGGAGGAACAAGAUUGUAAACCUUGGUACUUCAACAUCAAGCGAUACAUAAAAAACAAGGAGUACCCAUAA